UGGCCUGGGGUGGGCGUAUCUGGAGUCCUGCAGCGCUGCCUGUAGGAAGAUGGAGAGGAGACGGAGGGGUAGGUUGAGACAUCAGGAAGAAGCGCUGGCGGCCCACGUGGCGGAGCUCAAGACGGAUCUGUCCGCCUGCAAAGACUCGCGGGCAGCUGCAAAACUAGCCAGCUCUCUGGGAAGGAUAAAAAGCCCAGAGGAGUAUGCCAGAGACAGACAGAAGGUUCUACAGUCACUGAUUCAGGUG